AUGUCAUCCCAGCCAACAAACCAACCUCAAACAUAUGAAACCACACUCAGUCCUUACCCACCAAGCAACACCAUGGCUCCUGGGUCUCCACCACCUCUGGGUUUCACACACCCCACAAAACAAGCUCAGAGUGCCCAGCCUCCCUUCUUUGGGUCUCCAGGAAUCAUCACCAAGAGUCAGCAGGGCCAAGGAAACAUACAAAUGGUAAACCCAGCUACAGGAGGAGCAACCACAAACUUUAGAGAAGAAGCAAAGAUACUAGGGGCAAUCCAGAUCCUGAUUGGAUUGAUGCACAUUGGUUUCAGAAUUAUUUUAGGUUUAAUGGACGCUAUUUAUGGACUAGUUUUUGCAUUUCUUUCCUUUGCUUUUAUUAGCGGAUAUGCGAUCCGGAUUAGAGGCAGCCUAGGCAUGAACACGGUCAGUGCGAUCUUUGUCUCCACUGGAGUGACUCUGCUGCUGCUGGAUGCGGGUAUGAAUGGGAUCCUCAGCCAAGACUGCUGGGCAAUCUGUGUUUUGCAUUUGUUACAUCCCUCUAAAAAUCAACCGGUCACAACUGUCCCCUACUCCCAUGGAGCAGAUGAAGCUAUCCUAAACCUGGAUGACCAGGAGGGAGAUGCCCAGGAUCCCCAGGCAUCUAUUUGGAGAAGCGGUUCGAAUCGGGGGAAAGAUCCUACAGGAAGUUUUGAGCUCAAGUAUCUGAAGCUGGAGCUCGAAGAGCAGGAAGCAGAGUCCAGCUGCCAGCCUGGCCUCCAUGACCAUGACCAUGACCGGGAUUGA